AUGGACGAAGCAUGGACGAAGUCCCCCUUCGGCUCGGCCCUCCAUGUACGGCAUAUCGCCUACCAGAUUGCGCUUAUGAAGGUACGGCUUCCGCUGCACCACCUGUCCGACGAGCGCUGUCCCCGCAAGCUUAAAGCGCUCAUCUGGGACUGCUGGGACCCGGACCCGGCGAGGCGGCCCGCGGCGGCGGAGGUGGUGAAGGCGCUGGCGCUGGUGCAGGAGGUGGGGGGAUACACCGGUGAUUGGGUAGUUACAAGUUACAAGUCUCAAGUGCUGCACAAGUGCGGGGAGGCCGCACGGGAAACGACGGCCGGCACGCAACAGCGCUUGUUUGGCGCUCCAACUAGACGGGAUCUAUGCCCGUUGGUCUCCUAACAUAAACGAAGUCGCAACUGGGGGGCUCUUCCUGCCGACCGAACGAACCGAGCAUCUCAGAGAGCUCGCUACCAGGACCUGGGCGACCGGGAGCCCGACGAGUCAUCCCGGGCUGGGGAGGUCACCAAGCUCAAAAAUCCUCACGCAAAAAAGAGCGCAAAGAGCUCACACCACAAGACGCCAAACAGCCUCCUUAGACUACUACCCUCCUCCGCCUCUCCCUCCCUGGGCUAGUCCAGGGGAGAUAGCCCCCGUCGAGGGGGUAACACCGCACAAGUCCGCGCCCUUCCACAGCACUGGGUCUAACUUGGAAAGUACUCAAACGGGAAGACCCUGCGGCAACGCAGGGCGAUCAAGCCUCCGGAAACCACAGGGGGGGAGGGUAGCCAGCUCGGCGCCCCCCCA